AAGGGUAUGAUUACUAGAAAUGAAAAAUAUGAGCGGGAGGAAUAGGAAUAAGAAAAAUAUAGCAAUUUAGGGAGGAAUUGUGCCCUAAUUAUUUUGUGUGAAUGGGCGAGGGAAACACAGACUAAACAAAUUGAUUGGUUUAAUCGAAUCGAAUGAUGGCAACUGUGUCCAUGGGAAUGGGAAUGGGAAUGAGAACACUCUCUUACCCACUUCCACUGUUUUCUUCUGCGCCAAUUCUCAAUCCCUUCCCUUUUCCUCGUAGAACCUUUUCCGUUCUUCAAGCUGCAAGUGUAAAUGCGAAUGCAAAUGCAGAUGCAAAUUCCCCCUAUCACCGUGCCCAUGACUUCGAUCCAGAGCUGCGAUCGGUGCUUGAGCUUGCCACCGAUACCGAAUUGUCAGAGAUUGAAAAUAUCCUUUUCGGUCCAAGUUACUUCAGUCCUUUGCUCAAAUCAAUCCCAUUCUCAAACACAGCCCAGCUCCAGCGUUCCAUGAUUGGAGUCGAUCUGAGCAUGCGUCUUCAAUUUAUAGAAGCUCUCGAGUCCCGAUUCUUCUUCCUUGCUGCCGAUGCCCGCUCUACAUUAAGGGGUUGGAGGCCAUCUUAUAGAAAUGUUUUGCUUCACAUAAGGACGAAAUUUGAUAUUCCUUGCUCAACUCGAUUGUCAACACACGACCUUGAACUAGAAAUUUUUCUCCACCUUUUGCACUCCAACUCUACUGAAGAACCAGGAAACUACCCUGCCUUCUUCGACGAAAGUGCUGCAUCUGAAGGUCAGGGCACUCUGCAGCAUGGACUCAGUUCAUGGAAACUGCACUCCAAAGUUGGUGCCCAAGAUAUUCGAUCAAUUCUUCUGAAGGGAGGUGGUGUUUUCACGCUGUCCAAGAUAUACCAAUUGUUAGCGAGGAAAUUAUCUGGGAAAGUUCUUGUAGAAGCUGCCAACUACCAGGUUAAGAAAGAGUUGGUGAAGAAGGGUGGGCAGUUAGCUGUGAUUAAUCUAGAAUCCAGAGCAGCCUUGCUUGCAGCAAAACAGGGUUUUCUCGGUGCUGCAUCUAGGUACUUGGGCUUUAGAAGCAUGCUCACAUUACUUGGACCUGUGAUUUGGGGAACAUUUUUGGCCGAUGUUGUCAUUCAGAUGCUUGGAACAGAUUAUGCUAGAAUCUUACGAACAAUUUAUGCUUUGGCUCAGAUACGAGCCAUCCGCACAUAUCGGUUGCCUUCUGACGUUACCGAUGAAUAAUAGCUAAGGACUUUCCUUUCACGGAUUUAUUUUAGUACUCCUUUUUUUAGAUCACGUUGAAGCGGUCGGAGGAACUACAUGUUUAGCGCAAUACAACCUCCACUUUUCAAAAGUUGUAAAUAACUGGUAUUAGUAUUUGUGCAUAAAUAGUUGAGAGGGACUAAUCGAUUUUGUUCUGCGUGGUGCUACUUUCUUUUUCUGCUUGAAUAAAAACUUCAGUUUAUGAAAUCA